GUAGAUAAGCACUUCAUGUAAACGUUUUAACGUCGGUAAGGAGCAGGCUAUUGGCUUUUCCUAAAGGAUGGUCAACGAAGCUUCACGCUGACGCACAGCGUCAGCCUAGAUUGCCGCAAACCAGAAAACUGUUAGCGAGGAAACAAAUACACAUAGUCUUUGUCGUUACUGUUUAGGGAGUUGAAAGGGACCAAAAAUGGCAUCCUCGCGUCAGGCGCCGUUGCCGCCUCACGAUAGGGCACGCCAGGAGGCUCUGGUGGAGCUACAUUUACAAAAGAUUGUUCGGUCAUAUAUACGCACCAUGGUGGAGGGGGCGCAAGGCUACAAGGGGCUCGUUCUGGACAAGGAGACCAUGCGAUUUUGCUCGACUCUAUAUGGGCGGACAGAGUUAGCAGACAGCAAUGUCGUGCACGUGGAGUGCUUGGACACUCCUGACGGUCGUGCCCACCAGGAGCUAACGGCGAUUUGCUUCUUGCGACCCACGAGGGAGAACAUCAUCCUCCUAAAGCGCGAGCUGAAGGCCCCGCGCUACCAGCAUUACCACCUUUAUUUCACCAACCUGCUCAGCUCGGGCAGCUCGGUGUUCCUGCAGGAGCUGGCGGAGGCGGAUGCGUCGCAGGAGCGGGUGGUGGAGGUGCAGGAGUACUACGCGGACUUCUCCUGCCCCGACCCCUUCCACUUCCUGGUUCCGGUGCCGCGCAACGAGCUGCUGUUCGCCGUACGGCAGCCGGGGGCGGCGCCCUCCGCCGCGGAGUACGAGCUGAUCGACAGAUGCGUGCAGGGUCUGUCCUCCCUCUUCCUGGCGCUCCGGCGGCGCCCCGUCAUCCGCUACCAGCGCGGCUCGGAGCUGGUGGCGGAGCUGGCCCGGGGGCUGCACAGCCUCACGUACAAGCAGGAGGCCGCUGUGUUCGACUUCGGCUCCUCCCGCUCCGCCCCCCCGGUGGUGUUGCUGCUGGACCGGCGGGACGACCCGGUCACACCGCUGCUCACACAGUGGUCCUACCAGGCCAUGGUUCACGAGCUGGUGGGGGUGGCGGACAACACCGUCAAGCUGACCAGCGGCAAGGUGCCCGAGCAGUUCCGUGACAUUGUGUUUGACGCGCGACAGGAUGACUUCCUGCGCCGCCACCUGUACAAGAACUAUGGGGAGGUGGGUGCCAGCGUGAAGGCGCUGGUGGAGCAGUUCCAGUCCGCCUCCACCAAGCACUCGCGCGUGGAGAGCCUGGAGGACAUGCGGCGCUUCGUGCUGGAGCACGCGGACUUCCAGAAGCUGCAGGGUAACGUGUCCAAGCACGUCAACCUGAUGACGCAGCUGAGUGAGGUGGUGUCGGAGCGGAACCUGAUGGAGGUGUCCAUGGCCGAGCAGGAGCUGGCCAACCCCGCCGCCAGCCUGAGCCCAGGCACCUCCCUGGAGGACGUCAGCCGCCUCAUGCGCGCACCCACCACCAGCGAUGUGGACAAGGUGCGGUUGGCGGCGCUGUACGCGUUGCGGUUCGAGUCGGAUGCGCCGCGAGUACGACAGAUGCUGGACUGCCUCGUCAGCACCGGCGUGCGGGACAGGGAGCCCCGCUUGUACGCGGCCGCGGAGGCGGUGCUGCGGUACGGCAGCUCCUCCCGCCGCGCCGGGGACCUGUACGGCAGCCGCAACCUGCUCAACAAGGCCCGCAACGUGUUCAAGGGGCUGCAGGGUGUUGACAACGUGUACACCCAGCACACGCCGCUGCUGAGUGAGACGGUGGCGGAGCUGGCGGCAGACAGGCUGGACCCCGCAGCCUACCCCUACAUGGCGGCGAGUGCCGCGGAGGCGGCGGCACUGGCGGCCAAUGCGAAGAGGGCGCCACCACGGGAGGUCAUCGUCUUCAUCCUGGGCGGCACCACCUACGAGGAGGUCAAGACGGUCGCAGAGAUGAACGAGCGAGCCGCAGCGGCAGCAGGCGGAGGGGGGGCAGCAGGCGGGGCCAUGUCGGGUGGGGGACUGGGCGGGGCGGGCGUGGGUGGCAUGGUCGGCGGCGCUGGUGGCGGCGGCGCCGUCCCACGGGUCGUUCUGGGCGGCACCUCCAUCCUGAACUCCGCUGCCUUCAUGUCCGCCCUCACCGCGGGCAUGAACUUCCCGCCGGCCGGUGCGGCAGCAGCAGGGGGC